AUGUCGGAAUCAAACCCCAAAAGCGAUCCCAUCGUCGCCACCGAAGAUGUCUCGCAAUCGUUGGUCUCUUUGCUCUUCGGUUCGCCCGUCAAUACAGUCCUCACUCUUGUGAUCGGUUUUCUCGUCUAUAAACUCAUAUCCCGAGGACGACAGCGACGGAACAGAUCCGACUCCGAGGAAGAGGUCUUCAAACUGCCCGAACCGCUGCCGAAACACGACAUGACUUUGGAUGAGCUGAAGAACUACGACGGGAAGGGCGCCGACAAACGCAUCUGCAUUGCAAUCCUCGGCAAAGUGUACGACUGCACCAAAGGUUGUCUUUUUUGCCAUCGCUUCUACGGUCCGGGCGGUCCGUACGCGCCUCUGGCCGGACACGACGCCACCCGCGCUUUGGCCCACUUCGACGUGGAGGCCGUCAAAGAGGAAUGGGAUGACGUCUCGGAUCUGACGCCGUAUCAGAUGUCGAGUGUCAACGAAUGGAAGGAACAGUUCUCCGAGCGAUACGAUUACGUCGGAAGACUUGUGAGGGAUUCGAGCGAAAAGCAGGACUCCAUUGGAGAGGAGGACGAGGAGGAAGUGGUCGACGAGAAGACCGAAUCCUAA